CGAAUAUGUUUUGCGCACAACAAGACAGCGAGCGAGAGGCCGAACAAUCAGAACAUGGAUUCGCCGGAUAAGAUUCAUCGCCGCUACAACGCCGCCGAGAUUCUCCACGGCGCCGCAACCUCUAUCUUUUCUAUAAUUCCUCUAUUCCCUCCCAAAACGACGCCGUCUCGCGUAUGCCUCCCACUUAGAUUCUCGGACGUCUCUCCGUUCGAGUCGACGGUCAAGAACGAUUCAUCCACAUCCACGUCAUCUUCCGGGCUUAAUUCGACGGUGAGGAUAUCAUCUCUCAGCUCAGAUGGGAAACGCGGUGGACCGGCUUUCGUGGGACAGGUGUUCAGUAUGUGUGACCUUACUGGGACUGGUCUGAUGGCGGUUUCUACGCACUUCGAUAUUCCUUUCAUCUCCAAGAGAACACCAGAGUGGCUAAAGAAAAUGUUUUCAACUAUCACUAAGAGCGAGAGGAAAGGCCCUGUCUUCCGAUUUUUCAUGGAUCUUGGUGAUGCAGUUUCAUAUGUUAAAAAACUAAAUAUUCCAAGCGGAGUGGUUGGAGCUUGUCGACUUGAUUUGGCCUAUGAGCAUUUCAAGGAGAAGCCUCACUUAUUUCAGUUUGUUCCAAAUGAGAGACAGGUCAAGGCUGCCAACAAACUUCUCAAGUCAAUGCCACCAAAUGAGAAAAAGCAAAGGGUGGAUGGGGUUCCUGUUUUCGGUGCUCAAAACUUGGAUAUUGCUGUUGCAACUUCAGAUGGGAUUAAGUGGUAUACCCCAUAUUUCUUUGAUAAAGCGGUACUAGAUAACAUUCUUGAAGAGUCAGUGGAUCAACAUUUCCAUACUUUAAUCCAAACCCGGCACGUGCAACGAAGACGAGAUGUUGUUGAUGACAGCUUAACUUCAGAGAUUAUGGAAGAGAUGGGAGACAGCAUGCUAGAGCCGCCUGAGGUUCAAGAAGCCAUGGAAGAGAUCGGCACUUCUGGAAUUCCUCUGAGUGUUGUGGCAAAGGCUGCUGAGAUUCAGCUCCUUUACGCCGUAGACAGAGUGCUUCUAGGUAGUCGAUGGUUCCGGAAAGCCACAGGCAUCCAGCCAAAGUUACCUUAUCUCGUCGAUUCUUUUGAAAGAAGGAGCGCGUUAUCAAUCCAACGAGCGCCAGGGUCAACAACCAAAUGUCUUGGUGAUUCAGACUCCUCUGCAUCACUGCUUAAAGUAGAAGACGGCAGUCCAAGCGAGGAGGAAAAGAGGCAGCAAAGUCUCUGGUUUCCUUUUCGAGAUUGGCUUAACGCGCAAAAGGAUUCAUCAGGUCAAAGGGAGAUGGAAAGUAGAGAGAGAGAAAUGCAGAGGAGUCCUUUCUUACCAAAGAUAACAAUGGUAGGGAUAUCAACAGGAGAAGCUGCACAGAUGAGUAAGGCUAAUCUGAAGAAAACAAUGGAAGAUUUAACACAAGACUUGGAGCAGUCUGAUGAAGGGAGUGAUCAUGGUUCGAAUCGUUACGACCCUCUUAAGAUCGAGGAGAGAGAUCCGUUGUUCGUUGCAAACGUUGGAGAUUACUAUUCGGGUUUGGCUAGAGCUGGUUCUGCUCGGUGGUCACGUCGAGGUGAUGACCGUAACGAAACACCUCCUAGGUCAUAAGCCUCCCUUGCUGUUACUUGUUAUAUGAUAGGGACAUGUAUUUUUACUUUAUUAAGAAAACGUUUCAUGAAAAGUUGAUUCUUGUUGUAAACUUAAAGUUGUUAUUAUUAAUCAUGACAUAUAGUGCC